CUCUCUUUCUCUUAUCUAUAUAACAAACCCUUUCUCCUCCUCUCAAACCCCAUCACCAAAUCCUCAGAUUCCUCACUUGCCCAUCACCUCCUUCUAUCAAAACAAGUACUAAAGUUUGCAACUUUCUUUCUGUUUGCAUGUUGGGUUGCUCAAGGAUUUGAGAUUUGGAGAAGCAAAGUAUUUGGGUUCAUCGAAAAUAAGAAGAAGAAGAAGAAGAAAGAGAUAAAUUUGUGUGGGUUGAAACCCUGUGUUGACGCAUUGUAGACAUCACGGCUUUUUACGGAAUUUCUCGGCCUCUAUUUCAUGUCCGAACUGUACGACGGAAGGGUUGUGUAGAGAGCAACCCUUCGCCGCACGGUGGGCGUGGUGCUUUGCCUUCCGAAGGUGGUAGCCCCUCUGACCUCCUCUUUCUUGCUGGUGGUGGUGCUUCUUCCAUUGUUGUAGUAGUGGUAGCGUGCUAGUUUAGGCUUUAGGUAGUUAAGAUUACAAGGUAAAGCUACUAAAAGAGAGAUUUAGUAAGAUAAGAUCUCGUUCAAGGUGUUUGUUGUUGUUUUUGUUUUUGUUUUUGUUGUUCUUGUUCUAGUUUUGUUGCUGUUGUUGGUUUUGGGUGUUUAGUUUGCUAAAAAUGAUGUUGAGAAUUAAGAGAGUUCCCACUGUGGUUUCAAAUUAUCAAAAAGAGGAGGCUGGAGAGGCUGCUCGCCGUGUCGGGGGUUGUGGUCGAAAUUGUCUCAAAAAUUGCUGCAUUCAAGAUGCAAAGCUCCCUUUGUAUGCUUUUAAAAAGAUUAACAAGGUUACUGGAAAGGACUUGGCUCUCCAUGAAUGUGGGGAGCCCCCCUUGGCCUUUUUGGACUCGCUUGUUCUUGGGGAGUGGGAAGAUCGCAUGCAGAGAGGACUUUUUCGCUAUGAUGUUACAGCCUGUGAAACCAAGGUGAUUCCGGGUGAGUAUGGUUUCAUUGCUCAGCUUAACGAGGGUCGUCACCUCAAGAAGAGACCAACUGAGUUCCGAGUUGAUAAGGUCCUCCAGCCCUUUGAUGAGAACAAGUUCAACUUUACUAAAGUUGGGCAAGAGGAGGUCCUGUUUCAAUUUGAAGCUAGUGACGAUGAUGAAGUGCAAUUCUUUCCUAAUGCUCCAAUUGAUGUUGACAAUUCUCCCAGUUUUGUUGCCAUCAAUGUCAGUCCUAUUGAGUAUGGGCAUGUUUUGCUGAUUCCGCGCAUUUUUGAGUGUUUGCCUCAAAGGAUUGAUAGUGAGAGCUUCUUGCUUGCACUUCACAUGGCAGCAGAAGCCGGAAAUCCGUAUUUUCGAUUGGGUUACAACAGCUUGGGUGCUUUUGCAACUAUUAACCAUCUUCACUUCCAGGCUUAUUAUUUGGCUGUGCCCUUUCCCAUUGAGAAGGCUCCUACUAAGAAAAUUGCAAAUUCAAAGGGUGGUGUGAAGAUAUCUGAAUUGUUGAAGUAUCCAGUUAGAGGUCUUGUCUUUGAGGGUGGUGAUACGCUGGAAGAUUUAUCAAACAUUGUUUCAGAUGCUUGUAUCUGCCUUCAAAACAACAACAUACCUUACAAUGUUCUUAUUUCUGAUUGUGGAAGGCAAGUCUUUCUGUUACCACAGUGUUAUGCAGAGAAACAAGCUCUUGGUGAAGUGAAUGCUGAGCUUCUUGACACCCAAGUGAAUCCAGCUGUGUGGGAAAUUAGUGGGCACAUGGUUUUAAAGAGGAAGGAGGAUUAUGAUGAGGCUUCUGAAGCCAAUGCUUGGAGACUUCUUGCUGAGGUUUCCCUCUCUGAAGAGAGGUUUCAAGAAGUCAUUGAUCUUAUUUUUGAAGCCAUUGCUUCUGGUGAGUUAGAUGUCAAUCUUCAAUGUCUCGAGGAAGGUGAUGCAGUCAACUCAAGCACACCCCCUGCUGUGGUGGCUGGUUCACAAGAAUGUGUUGUUCUACAGUAACAAGGCUCCAAUGAACAAUUUCAGUGAUUCUGCUAUAUUAAAAAAAAAAAAAAAAAACCUGAAUUAUGUUACCAUCUAUGGUAGCAGUUGUUAAAGUUGUAAUACUAUGUUGUGCCUCUGGGUCAUGUUUUCUAUUUAUUCUCUGGUUUAUGUGGAAGUACGAUGUAAUAACUGCUCUCAUGAGCUUCUUGUCUGUUUAGUGUUAGUGAUUUGGUGUAUGAUGGUGCUUGACUAUCUCACUGCGAGAAAUAUUAAGUACAGGUGUCUGGUUUUCCUUGGCUAAAUCAGAUUGCCACAUGUAGUUCUUAAGGAUGAUGUUGCUGUAUUUCUGGGUCCACUUUUUAUUAAAUCUAGUUAUAUAUUGUUGUGGUUC